AAUCAACUCCGCGGUUUGCAUGUCAGACACUUCUCCCAUGGCAAAUGCAAAUGCUAAGGACGCUUAGAAACCGCCGAAACAACAAACAGACAUUCACAGGUGGUGGAGCGCUAUGCUGGAGUCGGCUCAGAAUCGACGGCGUGGGGCACUUGAUUUUGAAAGUUACUACGAUGACUCUUGUGCAGUGCAGGGGUCAUGCCCUGUGGCAGCGGUGAAGGUGCACCUGAGCCAAGGGAUGCUUGACUUCAAUGGAGAUCACGUUCACUUGACCGACUGGACUCCCAUUCUGAAUGCGCUCUCCAUCAAUAAGCAGCUCCAUCAUGUUGCCAUCAAAAGUACCCACUUGUCUACCUUUGGGGCUCAGGGUGCAGUGAAGUGGUCUGGGCGGAGGAAGACUCCGGCAGUGCACUCUAGGAGUGUCACACUGGCUCUGUGUCGAGCUGUGCAUAAGUGCCUGUGUGUGUCAGAACGUCUCCACUCUCUUCACCUUAAUGGCCUUCCCCUUAGAGACAGAGACCUCACAGCUCUCACCAAGGGUUUGGCUAAGAGUCCAUCACUGGAGAAUCUGUCUCUUGCCCAGUGUCCUAUAGCAGACCAGGGAUUGGAGAUCAUCUGCCAGAGUGUGAAGUAUUCUUCCUCCAUCAAGAGUCUGGACUUCAGCAGCUGCAACGUCACUUGGCAGGGAGCGGAGCACCUUGCCAAUAUCAUCAAGCACCAGGCAGUGCGUAGACACAGCACGGCGUGGGCAGAGUCGCUGCGCUACAGGAAGGCCGAGUUUGAGGGCAUGAGCGGGCUCAGGCGCAUCACACUUAACGGAAACAUCCUGAUCGGGGACCAGGGAGCGGCUGCCCUCGCUCGAGAGCUGGCUGAAGACCUGUGGGUGAAAGCUGUGGAUCUGCAGAAGUGUGGUCUGUCUGAUGACGGGGCGCGCUCACUGCUGCACGCGCUCCAAUCAAAUCAGUGCCUUCAUGUGCUGGAUAUCAGGAACAAUCCACUUGUGGAAAGCUCUCUGGUCAAAGACAUCAUCACACGAGUGCUCAUGAACACGAAAGGACAAAACUCUCAGUACUUGUGGAUCAAACCCCAAGCCAUAAGGGAAGCUCAGAAGGUCAGGGUGGGGAAAAGGAGUAGUGCUGGUAAAAUCAGACGAGGCUCGAGUAAAGCAUCCCAGGUGAGUGUUGGAUCGUCCCGGCCUGUCUCCUCUGGGUGCAUUCCAUGGCGCACUGCUGCACGGGCAGGGAAAAAGAGGGGUGCGACCUCCGCUACACCUGAGUACAGCUUUCAGGGUGCUGCGUCAGUCAAAGUCACCUUGGAAACUGAGUCCGAGACCGACCCAGAGGAGACCGAAUCAGAGUCCCAGAGUUCAGUGGCACUGAGUGGCCACGAACAAAUCUCUAGCAGCCAGUACAACAGACUUAAGGUGGAGCUAGAGGAGUGUCGACUCAGACUCACAGAGGAGAGAAAUGCCAGACUGAGAGCCAACUCCCGUUUGGUAGAGCUUGAGCUGGAGAAUGCCCGCCUGCGGAACAUGAACUCGUCCCUUUCGGAGGUGGUGGAGAACCCUGCCAACUCUGCUCUGCUGGAUGACACGGUCCUAGACAGCAUUGAAUCCUCCUUCUCCAAGUUCAACGCUUUCCUCAACCUGCUGUCUGAAGCUGGUCUCGGCCAGCUUGCCUCUAUGGUGGGAAUUGACCAAUCAGACUUCAGUGUGAUGGGGCGGCCACAGCUAUCAUCCACUGGACGAGGAAUUGAAGGAGGAGCAGGAGAUCUGGAGGCCGUUUCCAUGCAGAAGCCCAUGGGACCUGGUGCUCCUGGGUCCCCCAGGUCUCUACCUUCCUGCUCUCCACCGUUGGAGCCUCAUCCUGGGCCCUCUCGCCUAGCUGCUGCCCCCGCUGGUGUAGAAGUGGAAGUGCAUGAUGGGCGCUACCUGUCCUCGCCUGCUCCAGAGAUUGUACGCUCCCAGCAGUCCACUCCCCGGAGUGUUGGCUCUCUCAGCGAUGGUUCUACCAAUGUCAAGCGUGUGCGAGAUGAUGGCUCUCGUGGCUCCAACUCCCAUAGCAAUGGCCUCAAAGACAGUGUCUCCCGUGGCAGCAGUUCCCAUGGCAGUGGCCCAAAGGGCAGAGCUUCUCGCAGUAACAGCUCUCAUAUCAGCCCCAGAAACAACCACUCCAGUGACAGCAGUGGUCAUAGCAACGUGCUCAGACAAUACAGUUCCCAUAGUAAUGGGUCUCACGGCUCAAAGGGAUUGUAUACUAAACAUUUCACUGGGGCAGAGGGGGAGGGUGGGGCUGCCCAGCUCCUAGAAUCUCUUUCACUUUCCUCAUAGUUCUGACAAAUACAGUUGUUGUUUUUUCAGUUGCCCAUCUUUCAUCUUGGCAAUCUUGCCAGAAUUAUUGAAUUAUUUAUUGAUUUUUUUGAAAGGAAUUUGUUUAUAAGUUCUACAAUACUGUGUUUUGGACUAAAAAAUAAACAGUUCAUUUUGUACAUACUUUGUA